ACAAUCAGAAAACAUCCGCUAGAAAAAAGACACAUUGUGGGAACCAGCCUGUAAGAUGGGAGCUCUAACUGGUAAACUGCAGUGGUCGUUAAUGUAGUGAAAAUUCCCACCUGUGAGCGUCCAGAGUAAAGCAGGUUUAACUAUCAGCUGCAUGCUUCACCUGUAAACUGACGCCAGAGAGGACUUCAGCCCUGAGACACGCCCUUUACUCUCUUCAGAUGUGGACACUCGAGACUGCAGUGAGACACAAACCUGUAAAUCUGUGCGGAAAUAUCGGCCUGUGGAUCUAUUUCAACGAGUUAUGGAUAUAUGCACGUGACAGCGACUCACAGAGUUGCUGUUUUAUCCAUGAACCCUCAGCCGAGAGUUGACGGUCUGCAGCGCUUGGACACUAGCGUUUUUCAACAAUGGGAAACAUUCAGAGGACGAAGAUUGCUCUGAAAAUGUCUGCUUUGCAUUCCUGUCAUGCUCUGUGUUUUAUACUUAAUCUCUCCAUCUGUGAAACUGCUGAUAGGCCUCCUGCCGAUGGACAGAUGCUCUUUGGAAAGUGCCAAGAUGCUGUCUCUGGACUACAGCGUGGACGCCACCCUUGACCUUUGGUCCAGACCUGACGUGCAAACAUGCACCUCCUGGAACGCUCCCAUCAUCUGGGAAGGGAUGUUUGACCCUGAACUUUAUGACCAGAUGCACAAGACGAGAGGAUCCUCUGUGGCUCUCACAGUGUUUGCUGUGGGCAGGUACCUGGAUGCGUACCUGAAGACCUUCUUGAACUCAUCAGAGCAUCACUUCAUGCUGGGUUUGCCCGUGACGUAUUAUGUUUUUACGGACAUGACAGAGAAGGUGCCUGAAAUCAAGCUCGCUCCUCAGCGAAACAUGAAGGUGAUCAAGGUGGAGAGGAGCUCCAGGUGGCAGGACAUCUCUAUGAUGCGAAUGAAGACCAUAUCAGAUAUCAUAGAGUCAGACAUUCACCACCACUUCACGCACGUCUUCUGCUUUGACGUGGAUCAGGUGUUUACUGGGAGGUUUGGCUCGGAGGCUCUGGGAGACUCUGUGGCUCUGCUCCACGCCCACUACUACCACCUCCCAGAGGGGUUGUUUACCUACGACCGCAACCCGAAGUCCACGGCAUUCAUGCAAACUGGGGAUUUCUACUAUCAUGCUGCCAUCUUCGGAGGCUCGUGGAGGAGCGUGAAAGCACUGACUGAGGCGUGCUAUCAGAGCAUCAUGGAGGACAAACAGAACAAUGUGGAGGCUCUGUGGCACGACGAGAGCCACCUCAACAAGUACAUGUGGCUGCACAAACCGAGCAGGGUGCUCUCCCCAGAGUACUGCUGGGACACCAGUAUCGGCUACAGGAGUGACAUACGAGUCACCAGAGUACUGUGGGCACCGAAACAUUAUGACACACUUCGCACACCUUAGUGUGUUUUUUGAUCAGUGUGUAAAAUCCCCUCCUGUAUUUCAAAGGGAUAGUUUGGAUUAUUUGGGGUCCUUAUCCAAAGUCAGUGUGUCACAUACAGUAGAUGUCAGUCUGCACGUCCCCAGUUUGGAGAAGCAGGCUGGAG